CCAUAAAUGUUCAGCCCUCCUAUCGAAGACCGACAUGUUUAGAAACUGAGCUACAGUAGUAGCGCACCAAUGGUACAGCUGUUUCUCGUCAUUCUAUGGCUUGCUACCGUCUCAAACACCAUUGUAACGAGAAUAACCAGAAGGGUCUCCAUGUAUUUUGUCAUAUGUUGCCGAAGACUAGGUGGAAAAGUCAUAGGAGUCUCUGACUUACAUGCCCCUUUCCAAACUAAGGCGUUAAUUCACCGAUUCAACCUGAAAAGCAAUUUCCCCAAUCUAGUUGAACUCCUCGAUAAACCAGCGUCCCUUGUUCGGCAUAGUCCCCGGAUAUUGUCCAGACUUUCCUAUAUCAACUAAUAUCUCCAGCCCCCGCCUGCAGACAUUCAACUGUCUUUCCUGGC